AAACUCCCCUCCUCCAAUCCCAAUCUCAUCCCUCUCGGUAUGGGCGCCGCAAAGAGGAUGUCAAACGGAGAGCCCAAGAUCGUCGGCCCGCACCCCUCGACCAUCCGCGUCUCAGCGCCGUACAUCACCCAGUCGGCCGUCGAGAAGCGCCUUCAACCUUCCGGACUCGAUGCACAGGAGAGGAACAUCGCAGCGGCGCGUGAAGAUCAGUUCUGUCUGCAAGGAGUCACCUGGCUGGAUAAUGUCCGGCGAGCACUGCAACUUCCCAUCAGAACAUUCACGACCGCUUGCGUCUACUACCACAAAUUCCGCCUGGCACACCCCACGAGCGAAUACAGCUGGUCAGACGCUGCUGCGGCGAGUCUGCUGACGAGUUGCAAAAAUGAGGAUACGUUGAAGAAGAGCAAGGAUAUUCUGGCGGCGGCGUAUAAUAUGAAGCAGUUGUCGAGCCAUGAGCAGGUUGGGUCUGAUGAUCCCAUGUUCGAUGGACCGAGCAGGGCAGUGGUGGGAGUGGAGAGGUUGAUACUGGAGAGUGGUGCGUUCGACUUCCGCAGUCGGUCGCCGCAUCAGGUGCUGGUGAAGAUUUGCAAGAGCUUGCCUCCGAGUGAGGACCUCAGGAGUGUUGCGCAAUUGGCGUGGACAGUUCUCACGGACUUGCACCGCACUUUUGCACCGCUCAAGCAAACGAGUGCAACUUUAUCACUGGCAAGUCUUGAGAUUGCAGUGCAGCUCAGCACCAUCGCAUCCACGACCAAGACCUGCUCAGUAUAUCCCGACCUCCGCGCCCUCAACAUCAGCAAAUGGUACACCACCCGAGCAGAAGUCAUGGAAACCCUCCUCGACGCCCUGGACCUCUACACCCACCACACAGGUGCCACCAUCCUCGGACCGAAAUACUCACUCGACGACCUGAUCCGCAUCCGCCUCGCAUUCAACAAAGAAUGCAGUGAGUCCAACCUCCCACGACACACCAGCAUCCAACCACCGACAUCCCCAGAAAACACCAACGGCGGUCCAGCUUCCACUCUUCGCGUCGCCAAUGGUCAUCCCACCCCCGUCUCUCCUCCUCAACCCGACACUCUGCAGCCCACUCAGCAACCCGCUUCCGGACCUUUCCAACCUGAACCCGAGGGUGGCGGCACGCUACGCUUCAUGCUCAAUCCACAACGCGCCGUCGACGAGAGAGCGGAAGUCAGUCGUUACCACGUCGAAGAAUGGGAAGAAUACGAAGAAGAAAUUGAAGUUCCCCUAGAGAGGACGAGGUUGCGGGAGAGGGAGAGGGAUCGGAGGUAUGAUGAUCGGAGAGGGCAUGGUGGGCAUGGGCAUGGGCAUCGAGGAGGGAGAGAUAGGAGGUUUGAGGAGAGGGGACCGCCACCGUAUGAGGGUGGUGGCGAUAGGAGGAGGGGGCCGAGGCAUGAUCGGAGGUGA